CGUGUUCAUGGUUGAAAAGUAUUCAUCCACCGCGUUCACACGGAUUGUUAGCGAAGCCAAGAAAUUUGGCAGAGAAGAGGCGUGUGAAAAGAUUGCCGAAAUCAUUAGUGCUACGGUUAAAACCACCGCCUCUAAACCUCUAUAUAAGUAAGGCCCUCUCUUCCUUUCAUCUCCAUCAACCAGAGAACUAUUCCUCUGUCAAGAUUGAAACGGAGUUGGGGGAUAGACUAAACAGAGGAUGAAAAUGGGAAUGGCUCACGAGGGAAGGCAUCAUCACGGUCGACAACAACAUCAUGGCAUGGGUAACAGAGGCCGACAUGGGCAUCAUGGCGGCCAUGGUCGCCAAGUGGGAGAACUUCUCUGCGGGAAUGGUUUUGGAGGAGAAAGGGGUCAUGGACAUGGGCCUCAUCUGAGGGGUGUGUUAGGACAUGGGGGUCAUGGUCAUGGUCAUGGUCAUGGUCAUGGUCAUGGUCAUGGACACGGACAUGGGCAUCAUCUGAGGGGUCUUUUAGUCCAUGGGGGACAUGGACAUAGACACGGACGCGGGCAUCAUCUGAGGGGUCUUUUAGGACAUGGGCAUGGACCUGCCAUACAUGGUCACCAUGGUCAUCGCCAUGGUCACGGUCAUGGUCACAAAGGGAGGCACCAUGCGCAUGGCGGAUGCGGGAGGCGUCAUCCUAGUAUGGUGCAACCAGAACAGGAGCAGGAAGUCGCGGCUGCGCCCCCCACUCCGAUAACCGAGCAACUCGGCACUCUUGCUGUGACUGCAGAUUAGAGAGGACGCUUGAAAUUGGGGCUUGAACAAUAACGACGCCGUGUCAGGAAUAUUGUGUCUUGGGGAUUUCUAUUUAUUGGAUCCUACCAGUUUUAUCUUUUUGGGUAAUUUCGUUGGAUGAUCAGCAGUGGCUGAUGUGUUGCAGAGGUUAAAGAAAGUUUCCUUGUACUGUUUGUGUACGCUGAGGCGUCGGAUCAGACAGAUGAUUUCCGUAUGUGUUAUUCAGAUCUGAAGGUUUUAAACCAAAAAUGAUAUAUAUUACUGAGCUCAUCGAGGGCACCA